GUGCUCUCCUUCCCCAGAGCUACGGUAGCACAGGCGAAAUAGCGACGGGUUCUCUGCCCCUACGGGGAUGGAGCGACAGAAGUUUUUUUUUAUUUGUUUAUAAUGAAAUUAAAAAGAAGGUCACGGCGAGACGAGCCGUUUAUCAUUACGAUAGGUGUCAAGUGGAAGUGCAGUGAUGUAUGCAGCUGAGGCAUCCUAACAGACCGAUAGACUUGAACCUUGUUCCUUCAUGACCUGAUCAAAUUGAUCAGGCACUAGUCAUCAAUUUUCAUUGUUCAAUUCUUUUACAACAACAAGACCAAAACCUCUUCCCUUCCUACUCUACUAAGAGAUGGAAUGGCAGAGGCCUUUGGUGUUCCCUCUAGUAAAUAAUUGGGGUCCUCAUAACCACUAGCUCUUAUUUUUUUUAUCUCAUCCUUUUGUUCCUUCAUUAUUCUCUAUUCUGGUGUCCUAGGCGUAGAGGAACCACACCAAUCCAUCUCGAACUUGGUGGUGAAACUCUACUGCGGUGACGAUACUGUAGGGGAGGCCCUGCGGAAAAAUAGCUCGACGCCAGUAUAGUAUUGGGAAAAAGCUUAAGACCUCUGAUUCUUUUUCCUUUUUUAUUUUUAAAUAGAAAGAGAAAGUCGUCUUAUUCAAAAUCCAAUCAGGACAUUUUUUCUCCCACUUAAACAUUGGAUGCGCUCUUCUUAUAUAAAGAACUUUAAAGAAACGCGCUUUCACAUCUGAAAUGGGAGGGAUGUUCCUUUUUUGCGGAGGCGGGGUGGGCCUGUAGCUCAGAGGAUUAGAGCACGUGGCUACGAACCACGGGGUCGUGGGUUCGAAUCCCUCCUCGCCCACAACUGGUCCAAAAGUUAAAUACUUUUUCCUCUGUGGGUAGGACAAUAAUGAUUGGGAUAAUGAACCCAAUUUGAUGCGGGUGGGUAAGGUUACUCUUUAUGCUAAACGCGAGCCAUCUUAUCCUGAUUCGAACUUCUGUUAUUUAGAAUCACUCCCCCAAGUAGGAUUCGAACCUACGACCAGUCGGUUAACAGCCGACCGCUCUACCACUGAGCUAUUGAGGAAGAAAAGGAGAUUCAAAUGAAUCGAGUUAAAUUCCUGUUCUCAAUGCAAGACCACUAUAGACGGGGUUAAUUCCCGUCGUUCACCCAUAACCCGAAUUGCUGUUUCGUUUCGAUAAAUUCUAUAAAUAAGAAAAGUCCAAUAAACUUCAUUUCAUAUAAAACCUAUUUUGAAUUCCCAUAUAGUAGAAUAGUAAAAAAAUCAUAGUAUAAGAUGUGAAGACAAAUCUACUAGUUUAUUGUUUGAUAAUAUCAAAAAAAUUUUUAUUUUAAUUAAGGAGCUUUUUUAUGUUUAUAGGUUCUGAUUUAUUCUUGAAGGUACUCAAUUCAGUCGUUGUAGUCGGACUUUAUUAUGGAUUUCUUACCACAUUUUCAAUAAGGUCCUCUUAUUUAUUCUUUGUGCGAACUCUGGUUCUGGAAAAAGAAACAAAUACAAAUAAUAAGGUAGCAGCAACCACUGGUUUUAUUAUGGGACAGCUCAUGAGAUUCGUAUCCAUCUAUUAUGCGCCCUUUUAUCUAGCUUUGGGUAGACCUCAUACAAUAACUGUCCUUGCUUUACCUUAUCUUUUGAUUCAGCUUUUCUUGAACACUGAAAAAAAAAAUUUUUGCUUAUGGAUCUAAUAACCAAAAUUCGAUCCGUGAGCUAGAGAAUAUCUUUGUAUUCCUCAAUCAUCUUAUUUUUCAGUUGCUUAACACUUGCAUUUUACCAAGUUCAACGUUAGCCCGAUUAGUAAGCAUUUAUCUGUUUCGCUGUAAUAAUAAGAUGUUGUUUGUAACAAGCAGUUUGUUUUGCUUGGGGAAUGGGACAAAUUUUAGUCAUAAAUUGCUUGGAAUUUUUAGCAGUCUGGAUACAGAAAAAUAAUGUUAUUAGGUCGAUCAUUCGAAAGUACCUAGUGAGAAAUUCUAUAUUUUUUAUUUUAGUAAAUUAUAGUUUUGGAACUCUAGUAUGUAUUCUAAGUAUUCAGUCUUUAGGCAGAACACCCUUACCUAUUCCUACUCAGAAAUUUAGUGAGGUCUCAAAAAUAGAACAAAGGGAAAAGGAAAGGUUGCAAAGGGAGGAAGAAAAAGACGUAGAAAAAAAAAAGAAAUCCGCUGAAAAAGAUCCUUCCCUUUUUUCCGAAGAAAAAGGUAUUUUGGAAAAAGAAUUGGACUUGAAGGUAAAUGAACCAGACUUGGAAGGGUCUGAUUCCGAAUUGGAAAUCCUUGAAAAAAAUGAAAAUAAAGAACAUAUUGUGGCUCUUCUUUUUGAUUAUAAAAGAUGGACUCGCCCAUUUCGUUACAUAAAAAAUAAUAGACUUGAACAAGCUGUAAGAAACGAAAUGGCAC